UGUUGCUCGUCCAAUUGUUUGUUUGCCUACACGCACGGCGUAACAUGUUGGCGCGUACACAUGCCCUCUCGAAUCACUCACUCCAAAUCUCGCCAUAGCUGUGAGAGAUGUAAGCAAAGACGUGUGAAGUGUGACAUCAAGACUCCUUGUGGACACUGUCAGAGACGCGGCGAGAGAUGUAGCCUGGUCUCUGACACUCGGGUGCCUGAAUCUAGCCCCAUCGUCGGAGGUGCUCGCCCAAUCCCGUCCCGACAUCCGAGCAUCGCACGUGAUCAUACCCAGACCCACACUCACCUUGAACCCCUGGACGAUUUCUCUUUUCUAUCACUCUUCGUUCUGUCGGAGCAACCAUCGCCAAGGCCCCUAACGUGGACGGAAGAUUUAUUCUUGAUCAGCCACUUUACGUCCUCAACGUCUUAUACACUAUCUCAUCGAGAUGCCGACCGACAUCUCUGGCGUGUUAUGGUUCCGGAACUCGCAGUUGCACAUCCGUUUUUGAUGCAUGGUCUCCUGGCGGUAUCUGCUAUGCACCUUUCUUACCUUCGACCUUUGGACAGAAUCAAACACGAGACCCAAUCCAGCCAUCACCAGACUCUGGCUACAUCUCAAUUCCGGGAGGUAUUGAGCAACAUCUCGGCUGACAACUGCAAUGCCGUGUUCGUCAUGUGUGCCCUUUUGACGCUUAUAUCUAUGGUUUCCAUCGCACGGCGAUCAGACGCCCAUGUAUCGAAUUCGUUCUUUGUCGAUGAUAUCGUGCAUCAUUUCAUGCUUACGCGGGGCAUCGGUGCGGUUCUCGGCCAGCACUGGCAGAUUGUCUUGACCGGUCCGCUGAAAAUGUUGAGUACCGAGCGCUUAACGCACCCGGAAGAGCAUCGGUUACCAGAGAGCAUAGAAGCUCGGUUCCACCAAUUGCGAUCUUCCAUACUUCCUGAUAUCUGCAGAUACGACGAGGCCAGUCUAUUGACCUGCAUUUCCUCUCUCGCCUCCCUUGAAACAGUGUACAAGCAUAUGCACUUCUUGCAUCCGGACCUCCCUCGGCCUAAGCUUGAGGUUGGGGUCGCUUUGCGGUGGAUGUCUCUUGUGCCCCUCGAGUUUAUGACCUUGCUCAAAUCUUCGCAUCCCGGAGCAUUGGUAUUGCUAGCUCACUUCAUCAUUCUGUUCGAAACAUUCGAAGAUGUAUGGUUUUUGCAAGGUUGGAGUGAGCAUGCUCUCGGAAGGAUCAAGGAUGCGGUGGGCGCAGAAGCAUCAACAGCGUUACAAUGGCCAUGUGAGCGACUGAGUCUAGAGAAGGAAAGGAAACGAUAUCAAUAG